AUCUGAACUGUUUGGCGCCAUUGUUUGCUGCAUGACAGACCACUGGAAGUGUAAUUCUUCUUCUUAUGUAUUUUGAUUUGACCGAGGACGGAAUUGCAGUUUGUCUUUGUUGUUUUGAUUUCUUUGUAUACAAUGAAGAUCUUUGUACACAGUUUACAUAUAAUACCGCGGUUUGUGAUAGUUGUCGAACCUAAACAGUGACAAUGUAGCUUGCGUGUGUGUGUUAUCCUGCAAUUUUUGUAACUUGUACAUGAUAUCUGAAAACCUUUGUAAUAAUGAAGAUGAGUUCUAAAGGGACAACAAAAAGACCAAACAACAUGACUCUUCAUAUGGAGUGUUAUUCGGAAGAUCUGUCACCAGUUCAAAUCGAUAGACGUAAUAAAGCAAAGCAAAAGAAGACGGAACUGAAAGAAGUAGUAGAAAACUGGAGGAGAAGUGAAGGGGAUUUAGUUACCCGGAUUAGCGACGACUGCUUCGUUUUGGAACGGCUAUGUACACCAUUACAACCCAAGCCACACGUGUCGAAACCUGUCGCGUCUGUGGAUGUGGCACCAACCAUUAUAACAGAUCAACCGAUCAUGCUGCAGCCACGGAAUGUAUCGUCGCUUGUGUCUCACCAGCCAGUUAUGUUACCUAAUCCAAUAAACAAACACCAAGCAAGUGUUCGUGGCCAGACAACUAAUAGUGUCAUCACCCAACCUUGCGGUUUGCUAGUGAGAGACACAAGACGUACACGAGUUAUGGGUGUGGUUAGUGGUUCUCAACCUACAUCAUUAGCUCCUCACAUGGUAACAACAGCACCAAGUAUGCCAAAGGCAGUACCACUCUCCUCUGUUGCAGUACCAAGCUUACAAGUUUCAUCUCCAAUGCAAGCUCCAGGAGUCAUAAUGAACAGAAACAUUUCACUACAGAGUAAUAAUAUUUUACAGUCUCCAACAAUUCGUCCCGUGAAUACUGUUGGUAUUGUUCUACAAAGCACGAAUUCAACACCAUCAAGAUACCCAGCACCUGUGCGUGUACCAUUAAGUGAAAAUGCUUCAGCAUCCAGGCCAGUCAACACGACUUCAGGAGGUAUAGUUACACAACAUACACCAUCCAUCCGUGUUGCACACUAUGGACCACGUCAAAGUCCUGUUAGGGCUCCACGUAUUCCACAAACAUCGCCUACACUCAGGAGCCGCAGUCAUGUUGCUUUAGUAAGAAAUGUUCGGCCGAUGAUGCCUGCACCUCGUGUUACAGUUCCUGCACGUUCGUUAAUGGUACAACCAGUAACUGUAGGAAGACCACCUGGUGUACCCGCUAAUAAAAAUCCCAGCAGACUUCCAAAUAACCCACAAAUCCCCCCAUCUAAUAGUGCAAGUGGCGCUCCAGUGGUUGAUCUUACAUGUGAUGACAGCCCAAGUGAGAUUCCUGCUGACACUCGUGAAAUUACUUUCAAUAAGUUAAUAGGGAAGACAUUCCCAUCACUUGUUGUGACAGCUCGUCCCAGCAUACGGGUAAAAGAAGUUACUGCAGUGCAGCUGUCUGAAGACCGUACUGAAUUAGACAAAAAAGUGAAGAAAGUGUUGAUGUUCACGCCAACAAAGUUUUCUGAAUGGAUGAUUCAGGAAGGGUUAGUUCGUAGUGAUCAAUACUGCCAAACACAUGUAACUCCAUAUGGUGAGAAAAUACCUUUAAAAUUGGGUAUAUACUCUGAUGUAAGUAAGUUUCCAUUCAGUGGUGGAUAUGUUUGGAUUAGUGACUGUUGCCCACAAAGAUUUGUUUCUGUUUUCAGUGGUUCAAUAUUUGAAGGAUCACCUCAUCCUCCCACUGUACUUGUUAAACUCAUAUAUCACUGGGUUGUACAGACAAGUAUUCAAAAUGUUAUUCAAUGGGUUAAAGUAGACAAUCUCUAUGUGAAGGGAUUUUACACACAUCUGAGAAGCAUUUGCACAGCUGCAGUGGCUGAGAAGUUUAGCAGAAUGGGUGGUCCAAACAAAAAGAUUGAAAUAGGAGUGGUAAGCCUGGGAAUAACAGCACAUGGUGGGAAGUCACGGAAUGUGAAAGUAGAAGUUCUGGGAAUUAUGGAUCCGGUUAAUAAAAUAGUGAGGUUACAAGCAGUAGAGCCCAUUAAAAUGGGUGAUCCUGAUUAUCAAUCUCGUUUUAUAAAACUUCUAAAUCCUGUUAAGGAAUGGGUUGAUAAAGACUCCAUAAUCUUAACAGAUUAUACUGUGGACAAACCCACUCUCCAAGCUAUAGGAUUCAAAACUAUUUACCAGGUACCUGCAGGCGAAGAACAAACAGCCCAGAAUAAAUACAGCAAUCAUAAUGUUAUGAAUUACUUGCGGAACAAUGUUCCAAAAAUGUUUCAAAAUACUCUCUCUCUCCUAAGCAGGCAGAUAAUCCAGCAGUUUUUGGAUGAGCUUGUUUGGCGUGAGCAGUGGGGAUAUACACCUUAUAAAGGUUUCCAUAAUAUGUUAACUCAUAUGGCGGAACAAGUGAAAUUGGAUUCCAAUGAAAGUUUGCUUACUCGUUUAUCAAAAAUUGCUUCAGAUCCAUUUAAAUGCUGGACAUACAGUGUCUUAAAAACCCCACCCUUUACUCCAGCAGGAGUUCAGUUUCCAGCAAAAUUAAAAGACUCAGAAAUACAGCAGUCAGCUACCCAGAUACCAGGUGAUGCCAGUACAACACCUGCUGUUAGUGGCAUUGAUCUGCUUCCUCAGAGCAUACGCGAGACUCGACCCACAGAUCCUGCAAAACCUCUGAAAAGUGUAAAGAAACGGUCAAGUGCAUCGGUUGAAUCCUCAGAUACAAAACGAAUAGCUAUUGACAGUGCUAGUCAGCCAGCCACACCCACUCUAAGUGCAAAGAAACGGCCAAAUACAUCAGCUGAAUCUUCAGAUUCAAAACGAAUAGCUGUUGACAGUGCAAGUCAGCCAGUUCCUCUGCCAGAAGAAAUGGUACAACUGGAAACAUUUUACUAUGGACAACUGCCAGGGGAAAAGCACAUACUUGAAAUGGAACAUAAAGAUACAGAUGGCAUUGUUUGUCAGUCAUGUUAUCAAACUUUUCCAAAUAAUACUGAAUUGCUGCAGCAUUUGAUUUGUCAUGCACAGCCAAAUGGCAAAGACCUGCCAGAAAUUAACAUUAAUUUACAAUGCAGGUACUGUUUGAAAUUCUUUGCAAGUCAGUAUGCUUUGCAAGUGCAUCUUGAAGAAAUUCAUUUUAAUAAUUCCACAAGUCUUGUCUGCCGUAUAUGUGAGAGGAAAUUUCGAACACGGGUUACAUUAAUAUCUCACAUGCACACAACACAUUUCCAAUUAGAAAUGCCAUAUGAAUGUGGUAUUUGCAAAUUUAGGUCAUCCUUACACAAAGAUGUUGUAAACCAUUUCCAUGAAACACACAUUAACACUAUGAAGCUGCAGUGUCCAUUCUGUCUAAAGGUGGUUGCACUUUCCAACAGAAAACAGAUACUUGCACAGAAUAUUUUCUUCUUCAUUAAUCAUCUGCAAAAGCACCAAAGAAAAUCUCUUUGUAUGAAAUGUAGUACAUGUGUAUUAUGGUUUGCACAUAAAGAUAUUCUUAAAGAGCAUCAAACAAGAGAUCACAGAAGUUUUUGUGGUAGACAGGAUGAAGUUAUUCCUUUUAUGAAUAUUACCGGUUUUGAUAUAAUGAUGCCAAAGCCUCCUCCUGCUGCUACAAAACCUUGUCAAAUGAUAUCUAUUUCCAAAAAUGUUUUUACUAGCUCUCCUAAUUCAAAAAGUUUGUAUACUUCUAAAUCUUUCACAGACCUGAAAAUUGUGUGUGUUGAUGAGGAUGCUUUGUGUAACGAAUGUGAGGGGAGAGUAAUAGAGGACAACCAUUUUGCAACUGAAAUAUCGUGUGCAUGUUGUUCGUAUGCGACUUGUUGUACAAAGGCAAUGAUGGACCAUGUGUUGAUAUUUCACCAAGACUCAAUAAAGAACAGGUCACAGUUCAACAUGGGCCGAGUAAGUAGAUUAGAAAAACCCAUGUACUGUGUGUGUGGGUUCACAACCUCCAGUGGAAAUUGUUUAGCACGGCACUUAGCACUGUGUGAUGAGAAGACAGCGUACCCAGAGCCAUACUGCCCAAAAAUUGUUGAAUUGUCUUCUGCUUCUUUCCCUCCUCUUGUCACCCUUGAUGAUACAGAUAAUGUAAGUGAAGACCCAAGUGACCGUUGGCUUAAAGCAUUUGUGCCCCCAAGGAAAGAUGACAGUGACAAUUCAAGAAGUGCACCAGAUAAAAAAUUACUAGAACCACAAGAAAAGUUUACAGAACAUAGUGAGCCACCAAGUGUCCUCAACAUUUUAGGGCUGAUGCAGAAACCAUCCUCUGAUGUAACUGUUGUAAACAGCAGUGCACCGAAUUCCCCAAAGGUGGAUGACAAACAGUUUGCUGACCAAGAAGAGAGAGAAACAGAUCCUUCUUAAGACAGAUGGGAGUAUCUCAUAAAGAAGUUGCAUGAAGAAGGUAAAUUUCCUUAGAAAGUGAAGUAUGAUUCCAUAAUAAUAUAUGGACACACAAAAUUACUUACAACCUCAGCUAGAUAUAGUGGCAGGUACCAUGUGUGAUGUAAUUUCAUUUGUAUUGUAAUGAUGUGAUGUCACUGAAUUCAGCACAACAUAUGUUAUGCGAGUUCUGUGUUGGUGUUAAUUUUCAUUGUGAAUAGUUUUUGUAUGACUACAUACAUGUUCUACAGCACUUGAACCCUUUAAAAGUACCUCGCAUGACGGCAGUGGUGUUAUGUUGAUUGUCUUUGUAGCGACAGAGAUGUUUAUCACAUUAGUGGAUUAAAUUCAUUGCAGAUUGAUGUUGCUCUGUGCAUAGUGUUAGUAGUGCAUAUAUACAUAUGUUCAAUGAGUGUAUUAGACUAAAUGAGGCAUCUUUUGUACGUUUUUGUAUGGUGUCAUUCAUUUGCAAUUAUUUAAUAUGAAGAGAUAUUUGAAUCAGGCACAUUUCUAAUAUAAAAGUUUAUUUUAGUUACAGUGCAGCUUUCUGCCAGAUAUUUGUCACUUUCAUGUUUGAGAACAUAAGGGGCAUUAUUUAUAUAUGUCAGUAUUAAUGUACAGAUAUUUUGUAUGAUAUGUCAAUUUUUACAAUAAGAUAUUGGUAAAUAUUCUUA